AUGAUUGUUUCAAACCUGAAGGGGGUCUUGCUAACCGUGGUUUCCCUCUUCCAGGACCCCAACUGGUACAAAGCCAAAAACAAAGUCGGCCGGGAGGGGAUCAUCCCGGCCAACUACGUCCAGAAGCGCGAAGGGAUGAAACCUGGAAUCAAGCUCAGCCUCAUGCCCUGGUUCCACGGGAAGAUCACGCGGGAACAAGCGGAACGGCUGCUCUACCCUCCGGAGACGGGUCUGUUCCUGGUGCGCGAGAGCACCAACUACCCGGGCGACUACACGCUCUGCGUCAGCUGUGAAGGGAAGGUGGAGCAUUACCGCAUCAUCUACUCCUCCAGCAAGCUGAGCAUCGACGAAGAGGUCUACUUCGAAAACCUCAUGCAGCUGGUGGAGCACUACACCUCGGACGCGGACGGCCUCUGCACUCGUCUCAUGAAGCCGAAGGUGAUGGAGGGGACUGUGGCGGCACAAGAUGAAUUCUCACGGA